AUGGACAGCACCACUGCCGCAGGCACACCUUGGAGCUUCGACCCGACUUUUAACUCUACUUCUCCGGGCUUCAAAUCUAGUACUGUGGCGCCCACGAUUUUUCCACGGGCAGGCUACAGCAUCCUCUCCUAUCUUAUGUUCAUCAAUGCAAUUUUCUCUGUUUUUAACAAUACUCUGGUAAUAACGGUGUUGGUGAAGAAUCGUACUCUCCUCAACCCAAUGAAUGUGAUCAUCCUCAGUUUAGCCGUGUCCGAUUUGAUGAUAGCCUUGUGCGGUUCGUCGAUAGUCACCAUUACCAACUAUCAUGGUUCAUUCUUUCUCGGCGACGAGUUCUGCAUCUUUCAAGGAUUUGCUGUCAACUAUUUCGGUCUGGUGUCUAUGUGCACGUUGACACUGCUGGCGUACGAGCGCUACAACGUGGUGUGUAAGCCCAUGGCAGGUUUCAAGAUGAACGUGCGUCGGAGCUUUCAGGGGCUCCUGGGGGUCUGGCUGUUCUGUUUGUUCUGGGCCGUGCCCCCACUGCUGGGCUGGAGCUCCUACGGACCCGAGGGCGUCCAGACCUCCUGCUCUCUGGGCUGGGAGGAGAGGUCCUGGAGUAACUACAGUUACCUGAUCCUUUACACGCUGUUCUGCUUCCUCCUGCCUGUCGCAAUCAUCAUCUACUGUUACGCCAAGGUCCUCACCUCCAUGAGACAGCUAAACCGUAGUACGGAGUUGCAGGGCGGUCGCCCCUGUCUGCAGGACAACGAGCGGGCGGUAAGGAUAGUGCUGGCCAUGAUCGGGGCCUUCUUUGUCUGCUGGCUGCCCUACACAGCCCUGUCCGUGGUGGUUGUGGUGGACCCAGAGCUCCACAUCCCUCCGCUGGUGGCUACCAUGCCUAUGUACUUCGCCAAGACCAGUCCCGUCUACAACCCCAUCAUCUACUUCCUAAGCAACAAGCAGUUCCGUAAUGCCACUCUGGAAGUCCUCUCCUGUGGGCGUUACAUUCCCCACGACCCGGCCCCUGACACCGUCCCCAUGCGCUCCAUGACCCUGAGGACCACGGUGGGCAGAAGGGGACCCGUAGGAGGAGGUCUGGAGGAACUGCUCUGUGACACCCAGGUUGCCUCCUUCUCAUUCAGCUGCUGUAUUCAGUUGCUCACCUUGGCCUGCAUCAGCAUGGAAAGACAUCAAGCGAUCACCCACCCUUUCAAAAUCACCCAGCGCCGAAGACGGAUUCUGGUGUGGAUCCCGUUGACCUGGAUGGUUGAGGAGACUGUAGCAGCAAUCCCCGUUCCAGAAACUCCAGCUGCGAAGCAAUGCUUAGAGGUUGAAGGUGGCGUCUGUAUGAUGCCGUCGUUCGCCAACAAAGAGCAUGCCAAAAAAAAGGAGAGUAAACUGGCGAAGCGUUCUGGUUACAUCAUUCUCACCUUUCUGAUAUUCUGGAUGCCAUUGAUAGUGAUGAUGCUGGCCAACGUCUUCUGCAACAGAAACAGGAAUUUCAGGAUGGGGACAGCUCAGAAUCUGGAGAUCCUGUCUGUAUCAGUGGCCUGCAUGACCUCUGCCAGUAACCCCAUAACCUACGCUGUGGUCAACCCUCAGUUCAGGACAGAGUUCUACUAUCUUAGGAGGAAAUGUAAAUCGUUAUGGACAAGAGCUUAG